CCACGACGUGGAUUCAUUCAAUACUCAGCGGCCGGUAGUCUUGAUCGUGUCUGAUCCCGGUGUCUGAGUGAGUUUUUAAGGAUUCUUUCACCAAAUCCUCGCUUAAAAAUGGCUCCACCGAUCCCUCAGCGUGGUACAGUAUUCAAAACAGAUCCAGGAUCCGAUGCUAAAGGAAAGGCAGAGUUGGAAGAAAUGGUUAAAAAAGCCGAAUCUUGUGAGCGAGGUGUUCGUGCUAUCUUGUUAGGGCCUCCUGGGUCAGGCAAAGGAACACAGGCACCGAAACUUGCCGAGAGAUACUGUGUUUGUCAUCUGGCUACAGGUGACAUGUUGAGGGCUGUCGUUGCUUCUGGUUCAGCUCUUGGAAAGAAAGUUAAAGCAGUCAUGGACUCAGGAGCGCUUGUCAGUGAUGACCUAGUUGUGGAGCUAAUUGAUGACAACCUCAACAAACCAGAAUGUCAAAACGGUUGGCUCCUGGAUGGUUUCCCAAGGACUGUCACUCAGGCUGAGAAGCUUGAUGGGCUCCUUGAAAAGAGGAAGAGUCUACUUGAUGCAGUAGUGGAAUUUUCCAUCGAGGAUUCUUUACUUGUUAAAAGAAUCACAGGAAGACUUCUACACAAGCCUAGUGGCAGGACAUACCAUGAUGAGUUUCACCCUCCAAAAGUUCAUAUGAAGGAUGAUUUGACUGGUGAGCCUCUAGAACGACGUUCAGAUGAUAACGAGACAACCCUUGUCAAACGUCUCCAGGCGUAUCAUGCACAGACUGCGCCUCUCGUAGACUAUUACACUAGGCGUGGCAUCCACUACAAGAUAGACGCUUCCAAGCCUCCCAAUCUAGUCACCGAUCAAGUCCUGAAGGCUUUCGAAGCAGCUCAUGCCCGCUUUGCUGGAAAAAGUACCUAGUUAGUUCGUUUGACACAAGAAAUUGUUUCAAUUGAAUGUGGUGAAUUAAAUUUUGUUUUUACUUCUGAGAUUUGUAGGUUGCAGUGUUUCAUUCUGCCACAGGGAUCCCAAAACUUUUGGUUUGUUCGCACGGCAGAAGUUUAAACCUUUAAAAAGGUCUAGACUGACAGUGCAACGUUGGCCGCGACAGAGUUUAUUUUUCGAGGGAUGUCGCACGUAGCAUCUUUUUUCGUGUAACAAGACUAUAAAUUAAAGAAGCUAACUAUUUAUCUCA